GAGCAGUAGUGGUUGAAAAUUCAUAGGCAAUAGAUGUUUUGUGAAUUGAAGAUGCGCAAGUUAGGAAUUUUAGUGUCAGUUCUACUGUUGUUCACGUAUGUUGACGCACAGUGUCCUCAAAUUUGCCCGGCAAUCUACACCCCCACAUGUGGAUUUAAUGGACGUUGCUAUAAAAGCUAUGGCAACUCUUGUUCCUUGAAUGCGGAAGCUUGCACCACGCGACAAAAUAUCAGACAAGUUGAUUAUCAGGAGUGCUCAAGGCCUGGCGCGCAGCUUUGCUAGUGGAGGACUUUUUCAAGUGCACAUACAUACUUUUUACAUUAUGUGAAUCUGCAAUAAAGUUUUGAAAUACUUA